AUGGCGAGCUGCAGGCUGUUCGGCGCCCUCGCGCGCUGCUCCCGCGCCAACGCGAAUUUCAUUUCGAAAUGCACAGGUUUGCAACAAUCGAGAACAUUAGCAACCGUGGCAAAUAGGAAAUAUUUUAAAUGCAAAACCGUCGGCGACGUAGCAGUCAUCACCAUAGAUUCACCAAAUGUCAAAGUAAACACCUUAAACAAGGAACUAAUGGGAGAGAUAGAAGGAUUAUUGAAUGAAAUUCAAUCCAAUCCUCUUGUAAACUCAGCAGUUCUUAUUAGUGGCAAACCAGACAAUUUCAUAGUUGGUGCAGAUAUUAGUAUGUUACAAGCUCUUCCGGAUGCAGAAGCUGGUUAUCAAGUAGCGAAAGAGGGCCACAGAGUUCUAGAUCUAAUAGCGAAUAGUAAAAAGCCAAUUAUUGCUGCUAUUCACGGUUCGUGUCUCGGUGGAGGAUUAGAGGUCGCGUUAGCAUGCCAUUACAGACUCGCCGUUAACGACAAGCAAACCAAAUUAGGAACCCCAGAAGUAAAGCUCGGGCUCCUUCCUGGCGGCGGUGGUACUCAACGCCUGCCCCAGCUGAUUCCUCUUACCACCGCUCUAGAUAUGGUACUCACUGGUAAAAAUGUUCAGCCCAACAAAGCGAAGAAACUUGGACUAGUGGAUAUCUUGGUGAAUCGCCUUGGACCGGGAAUCGGAUCGCCCGAAGAAAAUACGAUGAGAUAUCUGGAGGAAACCGCGGUGAAAACUGCGCAGGAUAUCGCAAGCGGAAGACUGAAGAUUGAGCGCGGUCCAAAAUCUCUCGUGGACAAGAUAACGCAACAGAUUCUGUCCAUCAACUUCGUCAAGGAUCAGGUGUUCAAGAAAGCAAAGGCCCAAGUGAUGAAAAUGACGAAUGGCUUAUAUCCAGCUCCGCUUAAAAUUCUGGAAGUGGUAAGGGUCGGUCUGGACAAGGGUCCUGUUGCUGGAUUUGAUGCUGAGGCCAGGGGAUUCGGUCAACUGUCGGCUACACCGGAAUGUAAAGGCCUUACAAAUUUGUUCUUCGGCAUGACAGCAUGCAAGAGAAAUCGUUUCGGCCCGCCCAAGAGUGCAGUCAAAAAAGUUGCAGUUAUUGGCGCUGGUUUAAUGGGUGCGGGCAUCGUCCAAGUCAGUAUCGACAAAGGUUUUGAUAUCAUUAUGAAGGAUACCAACGAGGUCGGACUGUAUCGCGGCAUAAACCAAAUUCAGAAAGGUCUGGACGGUGCUGUGAAGCGUAAACGAAUCUCCAGUAUUGAAAAGGACAAGUAUUUGUCACAUCUCAAUGCAACAUUAAGUUACGACUCCUUCAAAGAUGCAGACUUAGUGAUCGAGGCUGUCUUCGAGGACAUCGCCAUCAAGCACAGGGUUCUGAAGGAGAUUGAAUCCGUAGUGCCGAAUCACUGCGUCAUCGCGACCAAUACGUCCGCUAUUCCUAUCACAAAAAUCGCUGCUGGUAGCAGCCGUCCUGACAAAGUAAUCGGUAUGCACUACUUCUCUCCUGUCGACAAAAUGGAACUGCUAGAAAUUAUAACACACAAAGGAACAUCUGAAGAGACGAUCAAAACCGCUGUAGAUGUUGGUUUGAAACAGGGCAAGAUCGUCGUCACAGUCGGUGAUUGUCCUGGAUUUUACACUUCAAGAAUACUUUCUACCAUGUUGUCAGAAGCGGUUAGACUAAUGCAGGAAGGCGUAGAGCCGAUGCAUCUGGAUAAACUGACAAAGACAUUCGGCUUCCCUGUUGGCCCAGCCACUUUGUCCGAUGAGGUCGGCAUUGAUGUGGGUGCUCACAUCAGUGUUGAUCUCCAGAAAGCUUAUGGGGAGCGCUUUAAGGGAGGAGACGUAAAUAUUCUCGGCGACAUGGUCAAAGCUGGCUUCCUCGGACGCAAGUCCGGCAAAGGUAUAUUCGUGUAUGAAACCGGCUCCAAGAACAGGGACGUAAAUGUCGGUGCGUUGGACAUUAUAAAAAAGUACAGCCUCGAGCCUAAGGGUAGCACGUCCGACGAGGACCGUCAAAUGAGGAUGGUUUCACGGUUCGUUAAUGAAGCAGUACUGUGCUUGGAAGAAAAUAUUCUAGCUAAUCCCUUGGAGGGCAAUGUGGGAGCUGUGUUCGGCUUGGGUUUCCCGCCAUUCACGGGUGGUCCAUUCCGUUGGGUAGACGCGUACGGCGCCCAUCGUCUCGUUAAGAAGAUGGAGGAGUUCCAGAGUCACUACGGCGAAACUUACAGACCGUGCCAGUUACUGCGCGAUAUGGCGGCCGAUUCUACGCGAAAAUUCCACCCAAAGUAAAAGUUCGAUAAGGAUCCAUUAUCGGCAUAUCUUCAUUGAUUGAAUGUUCAUCCGAGAGCUGUAUUAUAUUUGUUCGCUUCAGAGUCAGAAAGAGAAAAUGCAUCCGCGAAAUAGGUGCAUAAAUUAAGCCCUUUGUUAUCCUGCAACUCAACUUGGAGUUCUCACUUGUUAUAUCUUGUGUGUGCUAAUUUGUUGAAAGGUUAAUUGGAAGAAUGUUUACCAUCUUUUUCUAAUUACCUAGAAUAAACACAAACGAUAUGCGAACGAAUUUAUAUAUAUAUAUAUAUAUA